GGAAAUGUGACUUUCUGGCGUUGCCGCACACUGCCGUAACAUGUUCUUUUUCAGGCGUUUGCCUUUGCGCUGACAUCGUAUCUCGAUUUCUUCUGUGACAAAUAUGGCCGAGGUUGCUGAAAACGUGGUGGAGACCUUCGAGGAGCCAGCGGCACCUAUGGAAGCCGAGGUCGCCGAGACGAUCCUGGAGACGAAUGUGGUGGCCACCACCGAGCUGCCGGAGAUCAAGCUGUUCGGCCGCUGGUCCUGCGACGAUGUGACCGUCAACGACAUCUCGCUGCAGGAUUACAUCUCGGUGAAGGAGAAGUUCGCCCGCUACCUUCCCCACUCCGCCGGACGCUAUGCCGCCAAGCGAUUCCGCAAGGCCCAGUGCCCCAUUGUGGAGCGAUUGACCUGCUCCCUGAUGAUGAAGGGUCGCAACAACGGCAAGAAGCUGAUGGCCUGCCGCAUCGUUAAGCACUCGUUCGAGAUCAUCCAUCUGCUCACCGGCGAGAAUCCGCUGCAGAUCCUGGUCAGUGCGAUCAUCAACUCGGGACCCCGUGAGGACUCCACCCGUAUCGGACGUGCCGGUACCGUCCGUCGUCAGGCUGUGGAUGUGUCGCCUCUGCGUCGCGUCAACCAGGCUAUCUGGCUGCUGUGCACUGGAGCUCGUGAGGCUGCCUUCAGGAACAUCAAGACCAUCGCCGAGUGCUUGGCCGAUGAGCUGAUCAACGCCGCCAAGGGUUCUUCCAACUCCUACGCCAUCAAGAAGAAGGAUGAGUUGGAGCGUGUCGCCAAGUCCAACCGUUAAGGAGACAUCCAUCACCAGCAAAAACAAACUUCUGUGUCUGUUUUUUUUUAUACAAAUAACGUGUGUACACUGCGAAAUGAUACACUAAAUUUAAAAUAAACAACAAGAUGAAAAAUCCAA